AUGGACCCUGUGGGGGCAGCAGACCCCUCAGCGCCCCCAGGCCCUUUGACUCACCUGAACCUGCUGGACGACUCGGAGGUGCGGCCGCAGAGCGGAGCCGACGGGCGGAGCCUCCCGGGCAGCUGGAACAGGCGUCUGCCAGCAGGCCAGAGGGCACUGUCGUCCGUGGGCUACCUCAGGCGCUUCCUCCCUGGCAUCCACACUUCCCUGGGGUGGCUCCCCUCGGGCUGCAGGGAAAGCCACGCGCCUCCUCACGUACUCUGCCUCCAUCCCAAGGCCAACACAACACUGCGCCGCCCAAACAUUUGGCCCACGACUUGCCUGCAUCCCCUCCCUCACCCAACACUUCCUCGCGCUGACCACGAGGGGGCACCACUAGAACUUCAUCUCAUUCGACCUAAGCGCUUCGGGCUUCGUGGCACCUCGCCCUUUGACACUCCCUGCUGCGGGCCUCCCAGGUCACCCCCAGAGUGCACCACAGUCCUGCGGGAAGGCGUGCGACGGUGCCUGCAGGAGCAGUGCGAGCAGACGGUGCGGAUCCUGCACGCCAAGGUGGCCCAGAAGUCUUAUGGAAAUGAGAAACGGUUCUUCUGCCCCCCGCCCUGUGUCUACCUCUCAGGUCCCGGAUGGAGGGUGAAGCCAGUGCCGGGCCAAGCCCACCAGGCGGGCGAGACGGGGCCCACGGUCUGCGGUUACAUGGGACUGGACGGCGCGUCCGGCAGCGCCGCCGAGACGCAGAAAUUGAAUUUCGAGGAGCAGCCCGACUCCAGGGAAUUCGGUUGCGCCAAGACGCUGUACAUCUCGGACGCGGACAAGAGGAAGCACUUCCGGCUGGUGCUGCGGCUCGUGCUCCGAGGGGGGCGGGAGCUGGGCACCUUCCACAGCCGCCUCAUCAAGGUCAUCUCGAAGCCCUCGCAGAAGAAGCAGUCACUGAAAAACACCGACUUGUGCAUCUCCUCGGGCUCCAAGGUCUCCCUCUUCAACCGCCUGCGCUCCCAGACGGUCUCCACGCGCUACCUCUCCGUGGAGGACGGGGCCUUCGUGGCCAGCGCGCGCCAGUGGGCGGCCUUCACGCUCCACCUGGCCGAUGACCGCCCUCCCCAGGGGGACUUCCCACCCCGAGAGGGUUACGUCCGCUACGGCUCCCUGGUGCGGCUCGUCUGCACUGUUACGGGCAUCACGCUGCCACCAAUGAUCAUCCGCAAAGUAGCCAAGCAGUGUGCGCUCCUUGAUGUGGAUGAGCCCAUCUCCCAGCUGCACAAGUGUGCGUUCCAGUUUCCUGGUGGCCCUCCUGGAGGCGGCGGCACCUACUUAUGUCUGGCCACAGAGAAGGUGGUGCAGUUCCAGGCCUCCCCCUGCCCCAAGGAGGCGAACAGGGCGCUGCUUAACGACAGCUCUUGUUGGACCAUCAUCGGCACCGAGUCGGUGGAAUUCUCCUUCAGCACCAGCUUGGCGUGUACCCGGGAGCCGGUCACUCCGGUGCCCCUCAUCAGCACCCUCGAGCUGAGUGGCGGCGGUGACGUGGCCACGCUGGAGCUCCACGGUGAGAACUUCCACGCGGGGCUCAAGGUGUGGUUCGGGGAUGUGGAGGCCGAGACCAUGUACAGGAGCCCCCGGUCCCUGGUGUGCGUGGUGCCGGACGUAGCCGCCUUCGGCAGCGACUGGCGCUGGCUGCGCACACCCAUCACAGUGGCGGUGAGCCUGGUGCGCGCCGACGGCCUCUUUUACCCCAGCGCCUUCUCCUUCACCUACACCCCCGAAUACAGCACACGGCCCGCCCCCGCGGGGGAACCCCGGCCCGCCACCGAGGCCGACGCGGAUGCGCUGCUGGAGAGCAUCCACCACGAGUUCACGCGCACCAACUUCCACCUCUUCAUCCAGACGUAGGCGCGGCCAGCCUGGCCCCGGGCCGCUUUCCUGGGUCCUAGGCCCUGCUCUCUGCUCCCUGUGCUACCGAUGGAAGGGAGGGCCUGUGGGAGCAGCAGCGGAAGGCUCUGGCCAUUGAAACCCGGCCCUUCGGGUGUUGCAGGAGCCACUGGCUCCUCCUUCAUCAUCUCGGAAGAUGCGGCCUGAGUGAUGCUGGCUUUGCAGCCAGCCAGGAGUGUGGCUCUCCCUGCCUUCACCUCUGUUUCACUCUCUCCGUCAAACAAUCUCUGUCUUUCUCCCU